UGCUGGGAUUACAGGCAUGAGCCACUGCAUCCAGCCAUUUCUUAUAUUUUAGAGAUGCAUUUUGAAGUAUUUAGAGGUGACAUGUUUCAUAAUGUUUAUCAUUUAUUUUAAAACACUUUAGCAUGCAGAAAUAGAUGAAACAAGUAUGGCAAAAAUGUCAAUGUGUUAAAUCUAGGAGACGGGUAUAUGGGCAUUGGAUGCACCAGUCUUUCAACUACUUUUUAAAAAUGUAUGUUUGAAAUGUUCAUAAUAUAAAAUUUAAAAAAUUGAAAAUGGUUUGGUUGAAGGGUCCCCAGGAAAUGCUAUUUCUCAGCCAAGGAAGGGUAAGUUGGCUUUGACUUAUGUUAAGAACCUAUGGCUCCUGGAUUCUUCCUCAAAUGUCUUUUUUUCUUCCCUCUCCCUUCACCCUACCUCCUUUCCAGCCCUCUUUGAUUCCAUGCACAGCAGCCAGGCCUCAGAUAACCCAUUUUCUCCACCACGUACUCUUCAUUCACCUCCCCUACAACUCCAGCAGCGCUCUGAGAAGCCCCCUUGGUACAGCAGUGGCCCUUCUAGCACUGUGUCCAGUGCUGGUCCUUCUUCCCCUACUACAGUAGAUGGUAACUCCCAAUUUGGCUUCAGUGAUCAACCCUCCCUAAAUUCACACGUGACUGAAGAACAUCAAUGCCUUGGGCUGCUCCGGGAGACCCCUGGGAAUGGAGCACAAGAGCUCUCCAUAGAAGGGAAACAAGAGAUUUUUGAACCAAAUCAGUCCCCACAGGUGCCACCUGUGGAAACCAGCCAGCCAUACAAGGAGGUGGCUGAGGAGGUCAGCCAGCCAUGUCAGGAGGUCCCUGACAUCAGCCAGCAAUGCCAGGAGAACCAUGACAAUGGUAACCACACAUGCCAGGAGGUCCCUCAGAUCAGCCAGCCAUGCCAGAAGGCCAGCCAACUGUGCCAGAAAGUCUCUGAGGAAGUUUGCCAGCUAUGUCUGGAGAACCCCGAGGAGGUCAGCCAGCCAUGCCAGGGGGUCUCUGUGGAGGCUGGCAAGCUGGUCCAUAGGUCCCAUGUAGGGGUUGGUGGCUUGGUCCAGGAAACCCCUGUAGAAGUUGGCAGCCCAGCUGAAGAGAUCCCUGAGGAGGUCAGCCAGCCACACCAGGAGUUCUCUGUGGAGGUUGGCAGGCUGGCCCAGGAGCCUUCUGCGAUCAGUCUGUUAUCUCAGGGCAUCCCUGAGAUUGAUAAACCAUCCCAAGAGUUCCCUGAGGAGAUUGAUCUACAGGCCCAGGAGGUCCCUGAGGAGAUAAAUUAGAAGUCCUGGGUGGUCCCUGAGGUGAUCCAUCAGCUGCUUGGAGAGGGUAUUCCUCAAGCCCAGCAUCUAUCUAGUGGUCCAAACCCUCAGAGCCAGUCUCUAGCCCAUGACCAGCACUCACCCCUUCCACCAGCAACAUGUGAUUAAUUUUCUCAUUAGUGGUGUCACACUAUACCAGCCAUUUGAGCCAGCAACCUUUUCUGUUGGCUAACUCACUGGCCAGCUCUCACCAGCAGUGUCUGGGGAAGUAGUUCUCUUGGUAUGAAGCAUACCUGUGCCAGAGCUGUGCUUAAGGAGGAGCCAGUUUUAGGUUCAAAGAAGCCAUUGGCUCUUCACCUAACCAUUAAACUUGAAUAGGAUUUCCUUGGGGUGGGUUGGUCUCUCAUUACCCAGCCUUCUCUGAGCAUCCUAGGAAAUCAUAGAUUGUUAAAGGAAAUGCUGCUUCACUGCUGAAGACACCAUCUGGGGACAGCAAAUGCAAAAGAGGGGACUCUAGGGUCUUCACUUUUCUGGGGAAAUAGUCACGACUUCUCAAGGUAUGCUUAGACCAUAUGUGCAUUCGGGGGACUCUUGUCUUUGCCAGCACUCCUCAGGUGAGCCCAGGAUGGCUAUCUGAAAUGUCUGGAAAAUACAGUCCCCUCCCCAAACAUCUGUCAUGGCCACUAAAUCUUUAGACUUGCCUUAUAGAUCUUUCCAUAUCAUCCCCAAGUGCCCCUUCUGCCUCAGUCCUGUUCCUCUGGGCAAUAGCUCUAGGGAAAAGUAGGUAUUAAACUGCUGUACAAAAUUCAAAGCAACUACUUAAAAUGCUCUAGAGGAUUCUUAGCCAGUCUGUGAAACUGGGCCUCCCUCUGUGGUGGGCUGUUUGGCUUAGGAGAUACUGUAGUAGUAGAGAUAAUCAGGUUCUAUUUUAAGCAAUGAGCAGAGAUCAGUAUUGUACAGAUACAAGCAAAGGUUUAAUAAAUAAAUAUAAAUAUAUAUAUACACAUAUAGAUGUGUGUGUGUGUGUAUAUAUAUAUAUAUAUUUCUGUAGUUGUGCCAGGGACAGACUGGCCAAAGACCAAACACUCCAGGGUCCCCAAGAAAUUUGUCCUUAUAUCAUUGUAUCUGAGGGCCAGAUAUGAUUAUGAAGCUUUUUCCAAAGAUCCAGGGAUGGGAAUGGGAGUGGGUAGGAGGGGUAAUAUGGUCAUUGGAGUCAGGGGCCGGAACAUUAUGAGUGCUCAAUAAAUAUGAAAUAAUGAGAA